CGAAGCAGGCAACGUGCAGCAAGCAGCAGCGGCGGCAGCAGCAGCAAGCUUUUUUCCCACCCCUCUUUAUAAGCACCGCUGCAUUGCCCGGAUGUGAAUGGAUUACAAUGUAUCUUUCAGGGAAACGUAUUGCUAUCAAUUUCUCCGCGGGGAAGUCCGUGAUGAUGAUGAUGAUGGCGAUAAUGAGGAGGAGGAGAGAUCUGUAAAGUUGGGACAAGUUUGAGACUUUUUAUUGCUGGGCUUUUUAAAAACAAAACAAAACAAAAACAAAACAACAACAGAGACUUGAGGGGGUCGAAAUCGUACCGCCACCGAGAUUCUUUUCUUUUCCAUUAUAGUUCAUUAGUGGCCAUGCGUUUAUAAAGAAAAGUCACAGGGCGGGAGGGUAGUUCGGUGGAUCUUCCUUUUUAUUGUUUUUUGUUGCGGUAUAUCUUUUUUUUCCCUGCUGGCUGGCUGGCUUCGUUUUGCUUUACUUUGGGUGGGAAGACUUAUGCCUUACGGUGGAUAAAUCAAAAACAAAGCAAAACCCCUCGCGCCCGGUGCAAAAGUUGCUUUAAGAAUUGUGGAAUACUCUCUGGAUCUCAAGACUUGAGUGCGAGUUUAAAGUACUUCUGCUUUCUUGAGGGUCAAACACACGUGAGAUAAUAAAGCACCUUUGCAGAAGAGCUUCUCUUUUCUUCCCCUAAAAUAUCUUUCCUUGGAAUAUUGUGAACAUAUUUGUGGCCAUUUAAGGUUUGUGUGAUUUUGCUAAAAUGCACCACCAACAGCGAAUGGCUGCCUUAGGGACGGACAAAGAACUCAGUGAUUUACUGGAUUUCAGUGCGAUGUUUUCACCUCCCGUGAGCAGUGGGAAAAAUGGACCAACUUCUUUGGCAAGUGGACAUUUUACUGGCUCAAAUGUAGAAGACAGAACUAGCUCAGGGUCCUGGGGGAACGGAGGACAUCCUAGUCCAUCCAGGAACUAUGGAGAUGGAACUCCUUAUGAACAUAUGACAAACAGGGACCUUGGAUCACAUGACAAUCUAUCUCCUCCUUUUGUGAAUUCCAGAAUACAGAGUAAAUCAGAAAGGGGCUCCUAUUCAUCAUAUGGGCGAGACUCAAACCUACAGGGUUGCCACCAGCAAAGUCUCCUCGGAGGUGACAUGGACAUGGGCAACCCAGGCGCUCUCUCACCCACCAAACCUGGCUCUCAGUACUAUCAGUAUUCUAGCAAUAAUCCGCGAAGAAGGCCUCUGCACAGUACCUCUGUGGAAGUACAAACAAAGAAAGUUCGAAAGGUUCCUCCAGGUUUACCAUCUUCAGUUUAUGCCCCUUCUGCAAGCACUGCCGACUACAAUCGGGAUUCACCAGGCUAUCCAUCCACAAAACCAGCAGCCAGCACUUUCCCUAGUUCCUUCUUCAUGCAAGACGGUCAUCACAGCAGUGAUCCGUGGAGCUCCUCCAGCGGGAUGAAUCAGCCCGGUUACGGCGGAAUGCUGGGCAACUCUUCUCAUAUUCCACAGUCCAGUAGCUAUUGCAGUCUUCAUCCUCAUGACCGCUUGAGCUACCCAUCACACUCCUCAGCAGACAUCAAUUCCAGUCUUCCUCCAAUGUCCACUUUCCAUCGCAGUGGCACAACCCAUUACAGUGCUUCUUCUUGCACACCACCCGCAAAUGGGACAGAUAGCAUAAUGGCAAACAGAGGAAGCGGAGCAGCAGGAAGUUCACAGACAGGCGAUGCACUGGGGAAAGCACUUGCAUCUAUCUACUCUCCAGAUCACACCAACAACAGCUUUUCAUCAAAUCCUUCAACUCCUGUUGGUUCUCCCCCUUCUCUCUCAGCAGGCACAGCUGUUUGGUCUAGGAAUGGAGGGCAAGCAUCAUCAUCUCCCAAUUACGAAGGUCCCUUACACUCUUUGCAAAGCCGGAUUGAAGACCGCUUGGAAAGACUGGAUGAUGCUAUUCACGUUCUCCGGAAUCAUGCAGUGGGGCCUUCAACUGCCAUGCCCGGUAGUCAUAGCGACAUGCAUGGCUUAAUAGGGCCCUCUCAUAAUGGAGCAAUGGGAGGUCUUGGGUCAGGAUAUGGGACAGGCCUUCUUUCAGCCAAUAGACACUCGCUAAUGGUCGGGGCUCAUCGUGAGGAUGCUGUUGGCCUCCGCGGCAGCCAUCCACUCGUGCCAAAUCAGGUCCCAGUCCCACAGCUGCCAGUACAGUCUGCUACGUCUCCCGACUUAAACCAGCCUCAGGAUCCAUACAGAGGCAUGCCAACUGGCCUUCAAGGACAAAGCGUAUCUUCAGGGAGCUCUGAAAUCAAAUCUGAUGACGAGGGAGACGAAAACCUUCAGGACGGAAAAUCUUCUGAGGACAAGAAGUUAGACGACGACAAGAAGGAUAUCAAAUCAAUUACUAGGUCAAGAUCUAGCAAUAACGAUGAUGAAGAUCUUACACCGGAGCAAAAGGCGGAGCGUGAGAAAGAAAGGAGAAUGGCCAACAACGCCCGUGAGCGCCUCCGCGUCCGAGACAUCAACGAGGCUUUCAAGGAGCUGGGCCGGAUGGUGCAGCUUCACCUGAAGAGCGAUAAGCCCCAGACCAAACUUCUGAUCCUGCAUCAAGCUGUAGCUGUGAUCCUCAGCUUAGAGCAGCAAGUCAGAGAAAGAAAUCUGAAUCCUAAAGCAGCAUGUCUGAAAAGAAGGGAAGAAGAGAAAGUAUCUUCAGAACCCCCUCCUCUCUCUUUGGCAGGACCCCACCCUGGGAUGGGAGACACAUCUAAUCAUAUGGGACAGAUGUAAAAAACAAAAAAAGGUCCAAGUUGCCACAUUUUCUUUACGUAAACCAGAGACCACUUCCUUAACAGCUGUAUUAUCUUAAACCCACAUAAACACUUAACCCCCUUUUUUGUAAUAUAAUAAGACAAGUCUGAGUAGUUACGAAUCGCAGACGCAAGAGAUUUCAGCAUUCCCGAUUUCGAAACAAACACAAAAAGAAAAGUGCAACUUGAGGGACGUCUUUUUUUCAACAUAUCAUUCAGAAUGUUUCAAGCAGUAUGUUAGGAGCUGUAAAUGCACAGCCAAGAGACUGAAUUGGCAAUCUUCUCCACACUGUGGGACAAUGCAUUUGUGCCUAAACUUCUUUUGGAAAAAAAUAUAUAAUUAAUUUGUAAGUCUGAAAAAAAAUAUUUAAUUUAAAAAUUGUAAACUUGCAAUAAUGAAAAGUGUACUUCUGAAGAAAAAAAAAUGAACGUUUUCAUUGGUGUACUAGUCAGCUCUAGUGUUUAUACUUACUGGAUAUUAAAAAGGGAAGCUUUUGCUACCCACAUACUUACAAAACCAGCAAACAACCUAAUGAAAACUGAAGUGAUGACAUUAGCCAUUCCUUAGGGUAGGAGGAACAGAUGGAUCUUAUAGACCUAUGACACACACACACACACACACACACACACACACACACACAUAAAUAUAUAUAUAUAUAAAUAUAUAUUAAAAUUAGUGAAUAUGGUAAGCUUUUGUUCAUUUGUUUCAAACUUUUUUGCUCCUGUAAAAAAAAAAGUACUGAUUAACUUUUUUAAAAAAAGAUUUUACUGUAAAUAAUGAUUUUUGAUUUUUUUUUUGUCUUUUUUCUCUCCCACUCCCCCGUUUGGGUCCCCCCCUCUUUUGUUGUAGCCUGUAGCGCCAACUCUGUUGCUGGAGGGGGCAGUUCAGGACGAAACGCUGGCCCUGAUGUUACCUAUCGUUCAUAAAAUAAGUAGAGAGUUGUUCUUUCAGUCUUUUUGGGGAGAAUACAGGACUUGGCAAGUCGCAUCAUGUGCGGCUGAACUUCAAGGCAGCAUUUGCGGACGCUUGGUCCAAACAGUUGUGGGCUGAUUUCAUUUUCGGUUUUUGUCCGAAUUGUAGAUGUUGCGCUCUCUCUCUCUCUCUCAUUAGACACUAUUUCUGGAAUUUUCAGAGGUACAAGGUUAGAAUGCUACAAUGUUACCACUGUGCCUUCCAAAGUUUAUAUCAUCGAAAACAUAACAUAAAUCAAAGGUGGCUGUGAUUUCAACGAACCAGUAGAAGUGUUAACCUAAUGUGUGUAGCCUGAAUACAAUUUUGCAGCGAGGCAUUUCAGAAUAUAUGGUCAGAUUUUUGGGGGGAGGGGAGGGGAUUACAAAGGGUGGGGGGCUUGCUAGUUGUAUGAAAGAUUUUUGGUGUGUUUUUUUAGGGGGGAAAACACACACCCUUUUUUAAAAAAAGGAAAAGAAGGGGAUUAAUGAAAGGUAGACCAUUUACUGCCUCCUCCUUCAUUUAUGAAAAUAAUGCCAAUAUCCACUUGUAAUGCAGCAUUUAGAACAAGCCUUACCCGUUCUAAAGCAUCAAGUUGCACUUUGUUGAGGAGGGGGAAGUAGAGCAGUAUUUCUCUGGCCAGUAUGAACCAAGUUUUUACUUAACAUAUAAAUAUAUAUAUAUAUAUAUAAUUGCAGCAUAGAUCAAACCUAUGGCACAGCAACUGAUCCAACAACUAGUUUUGGGCACAGCAGAAACUAGUAUCCAUAGCGAUUCUUCUAAAGAUUGACUUUGGUAUACGGUAUAGAACAAUUAACAAACAGUGCUCCCAAAUUGUCUUCGUCAGCAUCCUUUUGUCUCCUGUACCAGCUUCUGGGUUUUUUUAAUAGCCACACAAACUUGGCAUGUAUUUUUUAAAUGAAAUCUCCCCGUUCAAGUAGAUUUUCCACCUAUCAGCACUGAGUAAACGCCAUAAGUCCAUUGAAAACGGUCUAGACGUUCCAUCUGUUCUCCUGUUUUGCCAGUUACAUAGUAAUGGGGGGGGGAAUACAUUUGUAAAUUUUAUGCAACAAAAUGGCAAACGUAUCAUUAUUUUGAAAUUGUGUAUGUAAAAGUUAUAUUUUUACAUGUAGACUCUUGUUAUUAUGUGUUUUAAUACAUUGUAUCAGUUUUUUGUGUUUUUUUAAAAAAAACUGUGUUUGAAACAAAAUCUCAUGGAGUAGUGAGAUACGAGAAUCUGAAUUUUAUGUUUCUGAAAAACAUAAAGAACAAAUAUGAUAGUUUACCAUGUGAACCACCUUCUACAUAUCCAUAAACAUUUUGAUUAGCUGUGUGUGUGUGUGUGUGUGUGUGUUGAAAAUUGUAAAUAUGUUCAGUAGCAGUAAAACUUUAAAUGCUUUUAUUUGUCAGUAAGUUUCUCAAAUGUGGAGGUGGAUUGAAACAAUCUUAACAGAGCAAAGACCAUAUUAGUUUAGAUCAGAACAUUUCAGUACAAAUGCCAUACUUUUAAUAGCAUUUAUGCAGGUGAAUGGGUAAUCCUAAUUCUUUUAAGUACUAGUAUUCUGGACAGACUGAAGUAUUAUUUUAAAGGAUAUUAAAAUUGCUUGGCAUUAAAAGUUGUUUUUUUUCAAAUAUGAAAAUGAACAGUUUGAGGGGUUUUUUUUGUUAUAAACCAUCUCCAUUGACAGUUUUUCCAUUUACUUACUUCAAUAGCAUCUAUAAGACCACUGAGUGUUGCCCACCUAAAUUAAAAGAUAACUACAGUCUGAAAUGGGGCUAUCAAGGGGCAGGAUGGGAGAAUGAAUAUAAAAACCUUUUCUCCAUUUAAUUAAGCCUUCCAAACAGAAUACCAGUAAAUUACCAUGAUAAUUAUUAUUAUUAUUAAUAAUAAUAAUAUCACCUAGCAGUUAUGUCACACGUUAAACAGGCAGAGUCAAGAUCACUUUAUUCUGUCAAAAUCACAACCCGAGUGAUAGGAGGAUGUUAUUAUUUUAUUUUAUUUUAAAUCACCUUUCUUUCAAUGUGCACUUAUGCACAGAGCAUGCUUCUAAACUGUUGGUGAUCUACAUAGAACCAGGAAAAAGGUUGGUGAUGUAUCAAAUGGUAAUCUUAUCCGUAUGGUUUCCUGUUCCAUAAAAUGAAAUUUAAACUUGAAAAUUAUUCAGCCACACUGUCCUUUGUGUCACACACCCAAACCCCCCAUUUGGGUUUUCUUAAUUUUUUUGCUGCGUGCAUGCAUUAAUUUAGAGUCUGGCUGUAAGAUACAAGACACCACAAAUCGCUGAGGCCUUUCCCCCUGCUCCUGUCUUUUCAAACAGGUGUCCUCAGAGGAAGUCAUCACUUGAUAGUCAAUCUGUUGGUGGCUUGGCUUUUAACACUCAAGGAGGGCCAUGUUUUGUACGGUAACAAACAGUACUCAAAAGCCCAUCAGAUAUUUUAGUGGGUGAUCCACCUCCACAUUCAAGUAAUUUAUGAAUAUGCUGGUUAGGGAAAUCUGUUCAUCUAGAACUUCUUUUUCUUUUCUCCUUUUUCACAUUUGUCUUUCAUGUAGCUGCAAGGAACACUACUAAUGUGUAUACCUACAACUUGUCAGUUCAACCAGUGAUGCAACUUGUACCGAUGCAGUCUUCCGAUUUGUUUCGUUUGUUAAUUUCCUUUGGCGGGUGGGUGGGAGUGGGGUGGGCGUGGGUGGAACGGGGUGGAAUUUGCAAAUUUCAUCUUUCUAUUCUGAUAGGCACGCUUCAAUCUGUGCCGGGAGGGGAAGGGGAGAGCGAACAAUACAGUACAUUGCCAGGAAUGAAUUGAAUUCAUCAGGGGAGAUGAAAAAGCACAAAUGAAUUAAACUUGGCCCACUGACUCACUUGAAGUGGGGUAGGGCGGAGGGAUCUUAAAGAUGGAAUAAGAUGAAUUCCAGCACAAUGGGGCACCAAGACCUUUUCAGCUUGUUUUGUUUUGUUUUUCUUUCCCCCCCAAAAAACAACAUAUUCUUUCUCUUGGGACUUGAAAUUGACUCACCUUUGUGCAGUGCUGGUUUGAGCAUACUCAUUUCAAGUAUUAUAGACUUAUGUAAUGGUGAAAAUAUAUGACCUGUGGCCUUUUUCAUUCUUGUUACUUGUGAUGCAACUAAGUGAAGAUAAGAGAAAAAAAAGCAGAGAUUUACCAUGUAUCAGUGCCUGGCUUUUUGUUACAAAGCUUCGUUUGUCUAGUGACCUUUUUGCUAUAAAAUAGAACUGUAGUACACCCUAGUAGGAUAAAAGAAAAACCCUAAAUUUAAAAAAUAAAAAAUAUAUUUGGCUUAUUUUUCACAGGAGCAAUCCUUUUAUACCAUGAAUAUUGCAAGGGGCGGGGGGAAUCGUCAGAUUCUGAAUAUUUCUUCUUUAUAGAUUUUUUGAAUCAUUCUGAGUAAAAGUUUGUUACUUUAUUUUACUAUUUAAAAGAUGUUAUUUUACCAUGUGUUACUAAGAUGAAAUUGUAUGGUAGCUUCUUCUUUUUUCUUUUUUUAGUUGUAGGUCGCAGAGGGGGGGUGAUUUUUUUUUUUUUUUGCGACCGAACCUGUAGUAGCUGCAACAGUUCAAAAAGGAAGGGGGGGAGGGAGGUGAAAAUUACAAAAGGGACAAAAAAGGGGGAAAAAAAGUUAAUACAGUUACACUUUGUUUUCAACGUGUGGCUGAGUGCCUCAAUUUCCCCCCCCCCCAUGUUUUUGGUGUACUUUCUGAUUUGUAGAAGUGUCCAAACAGGUUGUGUGCUGGAGUUCCUUCGAGAAGAGAGAGAAAAAAAGCAAACAAACACAGCUUGCUGUAGGCCAUUACCUGUUUCCCAUCUGUAGUUAUCCGAUGCCGUCAUGUACAUGACCGUUCUGUAGCAAUAAAUGUGCCAUUUUUAUAAACUGCUUCUGACACUUUCGUUUCAUUUCAUUUUGCAUUGUCCCAUUUCUGUAGGUGUCACAGGAAGCGCUGCUUUUGGCUGACCUGGUUAGGUGGCGUUUUUCAUCCCAGACACAACCCUCAAAAUGCAAAUGGGGUUUAAAGGUUCCCUUGGUGUGUUCGGAACUGCCACAUUCCAGAUGAUGUGUAAAACUGAAGCUCUGGUCAUCUGAGUUUCUUCUCAGAACACAAAGAGUUCUUCUAGAGGCCUCUCCAUGCUCUUCAUGUGCUGACUUGGGUAGCUGAUAAAAGAAUCUGUUUUCUGGACAUAACUAUAGCAGAAGCACAUGUACUUCACGUCUUGGCCUAAACCUUUCUGUAAUAUGGCUAUGCAUUGUAAUAUAGUUGUUUUAAAAAGGGGGGUGGGGGGAGAACGCUCAUGGUUGGCUUGAAUCCCAAUUGGUGGAGAAAGUUGUUUGUAAGUUUUAACUCCUUUGUAAAGUUCUUUCAUAUCUUUUGGAAUGGAAGGUGCUAUAUAAAAUGUAAAAUCGCUUUCAUGAUCAUCGGUAUAUAGCUACUCUGUAAAUAUAGCACCUGUAUUUCACUUGAAAAACAACAACUGUUAUGUACAUAAUGAGAGGAUAUAAUGCACCUUUGGACAAUGGGGGAAAUGUCGAGAAGGUGCUGACAUGUAUGCAAAAAAAUAAAAUAAACUGAACUACGUGGUGAACUAGCCCUCGAGAGGGGGGAGAGGAAGAUACCAUCUAUUCAAUUCAAAGCUAAGGACUAGAAGAGAAGUCAAUGGCCAUAGUGCCUCUCUUGAUCCAGAUCUUCAUGUAGCUUUCAUGUAUUGAUGAGAUUAUUUCCAUGUCUCCAGGCAGAAGCAUUUCUUCCCUCCGACUGCAGUUUGAGCUGUACUUAAAAAGCCAAAAGGGAUGGUCACCUUUAUUUUUACCUUCCCCCCCCUCCCAAGAAACGUGUGUUGAAGUUGUACAUUAUAAAUGCUAACGUUGUAUUUAACAUCUUGUUAACGGGUGGGAAAGAACGUAAUAAAUUCUGGUUGGCCCUGUUGCA